CUACAGGAAUAUCGCCGCCAACCAGAACGACGCACUUGAACGAUUGAAAUUGCAGGAGAAACCUCGCUACGACAGUGAACACAAUUUUCUUCCCUGCGACAACUCCGGCAUUUUUGUGACUACGACUUGCCCGCCAUGCCUGGCAUCAGUCUAGCCCAGACGAUCAGCCAACUGAGCGUCAACGACGAAUGGGGACCAGAGACAUCCUCUAACACCACCCUCGAUGGCGUGCCGUACGCUCCAUAUUCGAAAAGCGAUAAACUAGGUCGCAUGGCCGACUGGACCCAAGAAGGAAAAGAAGGUCGAGAUCGAGGUGGACGACAAUAUGGCAGAAACUUCCGAGACCAACAAAUCUACGGAGCCGGUACUUCCUCACUCUUCGCAAUCCAAGGACAAGAAGACGAAUCUUCCUUCUCAGUGGUCGACAAUACACGUGCAACGACCAAGACUAGAGGAUUUGGUCGAGGCGGAGUGACAGUGUUCCGUGGUCGUGGUCAACGAGGAGCCGUCCAACGUGGAGGCAGAGCUGGAUUCCAAAGAGCUGGACAAGGACGGCCAGGAAAUCAACAACAAGGACAGUUCUACGACAACCGUGGAGGAAGAGCAGGCCGUGGCCGUCGAUUUGGAUGGAGAGAUUAUGACAAACCACAACGGAAUCGUGAUUCUUCAGUCAACAUCCGGCCGGAUUGGGUGAUGAAGGAGGAGAUUGACUUCAACCGACUGACGAAACUGAACCUGGAAACCUCGGCGGGCGAAGACGUUGACAGCUACGGAUUUCUCUACUACUACGACCGAUCAUACGACAAGGCACCAGUCAAGAACACGGAACGAAAACUGGUGUCAUUGGACCGCGCAGCAUACAACGUGACAACGUCGGCAGAUCCCGUGAUUCAGGAGUUGGCUGAAAAGGACGAAGCCAGCAUCUUCGCGACAUCUGAUAUCCUAUCGAUGCUCAUGUGCGCCACUCGAUCAGUGUACAGCUGGGAUUUGGUGAUUGUCAAGCACGGCAACAAGAUCUUCCUCGACAAGCGACCCGACAGCAGCAUCGAUCUCGUGACAGUCAACGAGAACGCCGCAGACGCACCCCUGGAGGCCGAUUCCAGCACCACCCCCUCGCAACAACAAACCGGAGUCAAGGCAGAUAGUAUCAACACGCCAUCAAACCUGGCCAACGAAGCAACCAUGAUCAACCACAACUUUGCCCUACAAACCGUUUUGGAAAACCAAUCCAAGGUUGAAUUCGCCAACGCCAACCCCUUCUACAGCGCAUCGGAAGAAAGCGACCCCUUGGCCUCCAAAGCCUACAAAUACCGACGUUUCGAUCUAUCACUAGAAAAAGACGACGAACCUCUCCACCUGAUCGUCCGGACCGAACUCGACGCCGCGGUCAAGAACAACAUUUCCGGCGAAGAUCAAUUCUUGGUCAUCAAGGCCCUCAAUGAAUUCGACCACAAGGCCCAAGGCUCCGGCGGCGCACUUGAUUGGCGAACCAAGCUGGUCUCGCAGCGAGGUGCUGUGGUGGCAACUGAAAUGAAGAACAACUCGUGCAAAUUGGCUCGUUGGACCACUCAGGCUAUUCUGGCCAAGGCCGAUCAAAUGAAACUUGGCUUUGUGUCUCGAGCGAACCCAAAGAGCAAUGCCAGUCAUGUUGUCUUGGGUGUUGUCGGAUACAAGCCCCGUGAAUUCGCUAGCCAGAUGAACUUGGGCUUUAGCAAUGGUUGGGGUAUUGUUCGCACGAUUGUCGAUCUUGUCAAGAGCAUGUCUGCUGAUGACGAUGCUGAUAAGAAGUACGUUCUUGUCAAGGAUCCAAAUAAGCCUGUCAUUCGACUUUAUGAGGUUCCUCUCACGACUUUCGAAGAUGAUGAUGAGGUCAUGACUGGUACGGUUGGUACUGGUGCUGGUGAGGACGGUGAUGAUGAGUAGAUGCUCGGCCUGUACGGGCUGAUUCUUGGGGGGAGGGGGGACGGGAUGGCAAAGGGAGAGACUGGGAGAUGUUAAAACCCAAGGUGCUCGACCAGAUCGGCUAGGCCAGGUCAUGCCAUGCCAUGCCAUGCCAUUACGUAUGAUUGACCUCUACGAUACGAUCACUUCACUAGCACACACACACAGAUAUGAUGCUUAGUAUUACUUGAAUGUGUCUACGAGGAUCCGCAUACGAAAUAGACUUUGAUUGUGGAAUGCAAAAACAACUUUAUUCGGG